UAAGGCGUCCAAUCCUAAGGCGUCCAAUCCUAAGGCGUCCAAUCAUGCAUCUUGUUUUCGACUUUGACGGCACAAUCGCAACACACGACACGCUAGGCGCGUUGGUCAAGGGCGCGGCGCGGUGGCAGUGCCAAAGAGGCAGAGCUGAUCCUUGGCCGAAAUGGGACGGGAUCGAGCAACAGUACUUUAAGGAGUACGCAGAUCACAAGAGCGGCUACUCUCCCAAGGAGGUGGACCGCCAGACACUCGAAGAGGAAACCAAGUUUCUGGCUGCAUCCAUGGCUGUGGAAGAGGCAUCGAUCCAAAGGGUCCAUGACCUUGGCGUGUUUCAAGACUUGGAUAAAGAUAGUCUCCGGCAAGUUGGGAGGGAGGCGUUGAGGAAUGGCGACAUCGUCAUCCGCGCUGGCUUCAGGGAAACUCUGGCGCUGGCGAAAGCCCAUGGUUGGAAGACGUCGGUGCUCUCCAUCAAUUGGUCACAGUCCUUUCUCCAGGGAAUCUUGGAAACCUUUGACGAGAAUGGUGAACUGGAAGUAGUAGCCAACGAGAUUCAUGCAGAAGAUGGCACCAUUCGAGGCCCGGACAUGAUGGAAGGCACCAGGAUGUCCUGUUCUCCGCACAAGCUGAGCGCACUACGGAAGGUUGUGGGCGGAGCGUCGGAGGCAAACGAGACAGUCUACUACGGUGACUCAACUACUGAUCUAGAGUGUGUUCUUUUCUGCACUGGUGUCGUCAUGACGCCUCAGCCUGAGACCAGCUCGCUGCUGAAGACUUUGCGUCGACUCGGCUGGAAUGUUGCGCAUGCCUCGUCUACGGGGCCGGACACCACCCGGCUGUGCUGGGCCGCGGAUUUCGCAGCUGUACUGGAUGGGGAUGUGCUCAAAUAAAAUGACAGUCUUGGAAAAUAACUACGAGAAAGAAAGGAUCAGUUGCCUUGGGGUCCUGCUGUGCUGCAUCUCUUUGUUGUGCCUUAACCGUGUUUCAUGGGCGUUGCUCAUUUAAGUGCACCGUACGUCCCUACUUUUUGUUGUCACUUUUCUGCUUGAUUUUCCCAUUACGAAAAGAAGGCACACGUCGCGACCUACACUAAGAAGCAAUUCACUUUUGUGUGUUUUCCUUCUUGAAAGAGGAGAACACUUACACACACCUUCGCGGACUUAGGUCUUGCCACAACAGUUACUGCACACAUCAAACCGAACAACACGGCUGGCCGUGAAUUCGAACGCGACCAAAAAAAACAUCAACCCUUUACUCUUCAACCUUUCAGCUGUGCUAUUUUCUUAAUACUUCUUUAUAAUUCUCUUGUGCCUACCCAGAUACCCGCAAUACGUCUUUGCAACCGCUUCUGCUUCCUUGCUACCAAAUUAUUCCCAUAUACACCCAAGAAGAACCAACUGGCAAAGCUAUUGAACUUUUGCCAAAAUGUGUAUCUAUUCACGCACUGUUUAUGGAUGCAAGCAUGAGGCUUGGGGUCUGCUUGUCCGACCUUGUCUCACAGCUCAAAACCGAGGUCUGAUCCACUGCAGGGAGAAGAAGUGCCACGGCUUGCAUUCCAAAGUCGUCAGGAGGAAGUGCCCAAAGUGCUCCGUGCUAGACAACAAGCUGCUCACGCUGAGGUCUACGUUGGAUGAGUGCAGAGAGAGGCUGGAUAAAUGGCUACCAAGCCAUGCUGAUGAGUUUUUGCCUCGGAUCGACUAUAUUUUGGACUAUUGAUGCCGUGGGGGUAGAUGGGGAUGAAACAAGAUGCGGAUUGUGUCUUCAGUCACGGUAUAAAGGUGAUGAUGGCUCCUAGGCCGGAUAUAUCAAGUACAUUGCUAUCCAAUAUAUAUUUACGAUUUUCCUUGCACAAAAACACAAAAGC